CAAGUGCUGGAUUUACGGGAAGUUGAUGAGAACUUCUGGAGCAUGUGGUGUGGAGCCCCUAAUGUUCGGAAAAUCAUGUUCCGCCACUUCCCCGGGUGUAUCUACUGUUCACCAAGGAUAGGGGCAGAGAUCAUGUGGGAACUGAUCUCUACAUUCCGCAAGCUGGACAAGCUCCAGAAGCUUCACCUGGACAUGGUGAAUUUCUUCAAGAACCAUCUGCAGCAGUUAGUCAGGUUCCUCAAGAACCCCUUGGUAUCCUUCACAAUAACUGGGUGCUGGAUUUCAGAAUCACAAAUGGACCGCCUGUUCCUGUCCCCAAGCAUUCAUCAGCUAAAGGAGCUGGACCUGACUGGCACCAUACUGAGCGAUUUCAAUCCUGAGCCGUUCCAAAUUCUACUAGAGAAAGUUGCAGCCACCCUGGAGGUCCUCAUCUUGGAGGACUGUUGGAUCACAGACUCCCAGUUGAAUGUCAUCCUCCCUGCCUUGAGCCGCUGCCACCAGAUCAUCAACACAACUUCUGUGGGAACCAAAUCUCCAAGUCUGUCCUAGAGAACCUGUUGCACCACACUGUAAGGUUAGAAAGGUUAAACUCAGUGAUAUUCCCUGUCCCCCUUGAGUGUUACAGUGGUAAUUCUGACAGUAUCUACUGGGGGAGAUUUCUCCAGCUUCAGGCUUGGCUGAUGGAGAUACUGAGGAAUACUCAGGCCUUAAGGAAGCCCGAAGUCAUUCUCUUCCGUACCCUGCCCUGCCCUACCUGUGCCAGUAGGGCAUCCUAUGACCUGGAGCCCAGUCCAUGCAGCUGUGGGAGGCUUGGAAGGGAACCAUGAGAAGUGUGGCAAUGGUUCUAAAGAAACAGCCGGAAAUAAAGGGAACAUGAGCUUAAAAACAUGAGCUUAAAUUGUCUUGUGUCUUCUGUGAUCAAUUAGCCUGCUUUUCAAUUUGAAUCUCAGGGAUCUCCAGUUACUGAUGUGGGGAACAGAGGCACUUCAGACUCUGAUCAAUGAGGUUCCAAUCCGGGAACAGAAGCUAAGAAAAUGAAAUCGUUCUUAUUUUGAUGGAUUCUCUCCUUUAACCUCUUCCUGGAUAUCUGUUAUGCCCUUGUCUAUUCCUGUGCUGUCCGGUGGGAUAAUACACACAAUAUGCACACCCAGGGUCAGGAACAUUCUCUGUGGGAGUGAGCCUGAGCAACUAGACUAAAGCCCCUUCUUCCCAGGGUCCGUCACUGCUAACCAAUCUGGGACCCAGUUCACUCCUGAUGAAUGCAUUGAAUUUCCACAGUUGCUGGCUAUUGGCUGUUCCAGAAAAGGAGUUCACUAAAAAGAUGUGGCCCCUGCUCUGGAAGGGGCAUCCAUGCUGUGUGCUGCCCGGAGAGUCAGGGAACCGCCAGUCCAUGCCUGCCUUGGGAUCUGGAGGCCAUAGUGUUUUCUGAACUAAAGUCUGAGCCAGUAAGACACCCAUGUUCUCUUAAGCAAAAAGCUAAAAUCAUUUAGGCUUGUAGCGUAUUUUAAAAAUGUCCAUCCCACAUUAAAACAACUCACAUCCCCUGACACAGCCACCUCACAUUCAUGAGAGAACUUCCUACAACAUCCCCUAUCGAGGAAGUCUGACAGGACAUGUUGUGAUACUGGCAUAGCAUCAGGAUGAGUAAUGGUAAGUACCUGUGAGUAAU